GCCCCUCCGCCGCCGGAAAUGGUCAGGUUCUCUGCCGCUUGCGCAAGGCCAGAAGUAGUUCCGGUUCCGGGCUGGUGAUUUUCGUUCCUGCAGUUCGGUGGUCGGGGUUGGCGGGCAGUAACUGAGGCAAGAUGCUGCGGAAUCUGCUGGGUCUUCGUCACCUUGCCUGGAGGACCAUAAGUACUGCUUCCCGCAGGCAGUUUGAAAAUAAAGUUCCAGAGAAACAAAAGCUAUUUCAGGAGGAUAAUGGAAUUCCAGUGCAUCUCAAGGGUGGGAUAGCUGACGCCCUCCUGUAUAGAGCCACCAUGAUUCUUACAGUUGGUGGAACAGCAUAUGCUAUAUAUCAGCUGGCUGUGGCUUCGUUUCCCAAGAAGCAGGACUGACUUCAGUGUAUCGUCCCAGCAGUCAGUUGGUUCAGUUUCAUUCAGCUCUCUGUGGACCAGUAAUCUAAGAAAUAGCUGAAUAAUUCUUUGGGGAUCAAUAUUUAUUGACUUGUACUAACUGCCACCAAUAAAACAGUCUUUACCAUG